UUUUUUUUUUUUUCAGGAAGAGCCGGUUACCAACCCCGAAUACUCUGCUUUUAUUUUCUGUUUUGAGUUCCAUUUCUCUUUCCCUUUUUAGCAAUUUCCAUUCUUGGUUUCACCCCUACUUACCUAAAAGGUUAAUCAUCUGUGACUUCCACCAAAAAUUUCCUUUUUGGCUCUCUGUGGAUAAGAAUCUGUGAGGCUCUAGAAUUUAUGCUCUGGGAAUGCAUAUGGCUGCCUGUACAGAUUUUUCACCACCAUAUGCUAUUGUAGAAGGGGGAUACAGUAAGGAGAAUACAUCUGCUGUAAAAGAAGAAUUACUAGACGGAUCGAACGAACUAAAGCAGACUAUUGAUAAGCCACUACGAGAUCUUUCUGCUGCAGUUGUAGCCGACACUGAUUUGGAUGUUGAAAUAACAGAGAAGGGUUUCCAGCACCCUUCAAAGGGACAAUCAAAAUUUGAACCAGUAUUUCGUUCUGGAAGCUGUGCUGAGAAAGGACCCAAACAGUACAUGGAGGAUGAACACAUCUGUAUAGAUGAUCUACUCAUACAUGUUAAUGAAAUUGCAGGUUCCACUUCCCCAGCAGCAUUCUAUGGGGUCUUUGAUGGCCAUGGGGGUACAGAUGCAGCAUUAUUUGUGAGGAACAAUAUUCUUAAGUUCAUAACUGAGGAUCCUUGUUUUCCCAUGUGUUUAGAGAAGGCGCUCAAGAAUGCUUUUUUGAAAGCUGACUAUGCCUUUGCCGAUGAUAAUUCUAUUGACAUAUCCUCUGGCACCACAGCACUUACAGCUCUAAUGUUUGGAAGAACCAUGAUCGUCGCUAAUGCAGGAGAUUGUCGUGCUGUUCUGGGCAAACGAGGUAGAGCCAUUGAGUUGUCUAAGGAUCACAAACCAAAUACCGCAUCUGAAAGACAGAGAAUAGAGAAACUUGGGGGAGUCAUAUAUGACGGAUACUUAAACGGACAGUUAUCUAUAGCACGUGCACUAGGAGAUUGGCACAUGAAAGGCCCAAAAGGUUCUGCCUGCCCCUUGAGUGCAGAGCCGGAGUUGCAGGAAACAUUGUUGACCGAGGAUGAUGAGUUCCUAAUUAUGGGUUGUGAUGGUCUUUGGGAUGUUAUGAGCAGCCAAUGUGCUGUUACGAUGGCCAGGAAAGAACUCAUGCUGCAUAACGACCCAGAAAGAUGUUCAAGAGAACUUGUAAGGGAAGCCCUCAAGCGCAACACGUGUGAUAACUUAACAGUAAUUAUAAUUUGUUUUUCUCCUGAUCCUCCACCUAGGAUAGAAGUACCUCCUACUCGAAUAUGUAGAAACAUAUCAGUUGAAGGACUGAAUCUUCUAAAAAGUGUACUGGAAAGCAACACAUGACAAGAUUCUGGGAAAUUAAUGGCUUACCAGUAUAACUCAUUGCAAAGUCUCAGUUGCUUAGCUGAUCUUAGUUUCUAAAAGCCUGUAUAUUGGAUAUAUGUGUUGUAUCGAUAUAAAGAUUACUGCUUGUGCUCCAGCUGCAUUUCUUGUGAUGUACAGAUUCAGGAAUCAUAUUAAUGCAACUUGUUUUAUCUUC